UAGAGAGAGACCCGAUAAUUUUCCAACUCCGACACCUCUCCGACCUCUCCCGUUUCAACUCCGAUCCGAUAUAGAUCCCUGGCCGUUUUUUAGUUUUGGGGUUUCAAAUUUGGAGUAUAGUUUUUACACAUUUUCUGUUGGCAGCUGCAAAAAAUGGAGAUGAGAGCGAACGAGGACGUUGGAGUAGGCCAAGACCUAACCCCACCGCUUCAACCCCUCGCCUUCUCUCUCCACGAUUCCUCACUCCUCUCUCACUGCUCAGCCUGCUUCUCUGCUCUCUCUCCUCCGCCCCACCAGUUCCCACCUUUCCUCCCCACCUCUCCCCUCACUGAUUCCCUUCUCUCUCCCACCCCCUCCUCCGUCCUCUACUGCUCUCCGCUAUGCUCCGAAGCCGACGCCGACCUCCACCUCUCCAGCGCCGAGCACCACCUCCUCCGCUCGGACCUCGCCCCGGGCGGCGACACCUCCGACCUCCGCGCCGCGCUACGCCUCCUCCUCCGCUUCGAGCGCCACAACCUCAUUCCCGGCAAAACUAAUCUGUUGGACAGAAUUGGCGGCUUGAUGAGCAAUCGCAAUGAAUUGAUGCACGAAGAACAAGAUGGUGACAGUUUGGCAAGGAUUAAGGGUGGUGCAAAGGCAAUGGUGAUGGCGAGAAGAAUGCGAGACAAUUUAGAUUUGGAGUACUCCGGGGAGUGUGUGUUGGAAGAGGCCGUGUUGUGUGUGGUGCUAACAAAUGCUGUGGAGGUGCAGGUUAAUGGAGGUCCUCUUGUCGGAAUUGCUGUGUACGAUACGACCUUCUCAUGGAUCAAUCACAGCUGCUCUCCCAAUGCUUGUUACGCGUUUUCGCUGCCAGAUUAUUCCGGUGGUGAGUCAAGGUUGCGCAUUCUUCGUGCUGCCACAGGCUGUGGCUGCAGCAGUAAUGGGAUUGAAGGGAUGCAAAAUGGCGGCGGUUGUGAUAAUUAUGAAUCAACGGAAGUGAGCAAGGCAUAUGGUCCGAGAAUAGUUGUAAGAAGUAUCAAGGCGAUCAAGAAGUUUGAGGAGGUAUCUAUUGCCUACAUUGACUUACUGCAACCUAAGGCGUUGAGGCAUUCAGAGUUAUGGUCACAAUAUCGUUUCAUUUGUUCCUGUCAGCGAUGUAGUAUUUCUCCCCCUACAUAUGUGGAUCAUACUUUGCAGGAAAUUUCUGCUGUCAAUUGCAGUUGUGCCAACCUGAGUUCUGAUCACCACCACCUUGGUGUAGAUGAGGAAAUUACAAGAUUCAGUGAUUACGUAGAUGAUGCCAUAGCAGAAUACUUGAAAUUUGGUAAUCCCAAAUCUAGCUGUGAGAAGCUCGAGAACUUGCUUAUUCAUGGUCUCAGUGGUGGGAAGUUUGAAACUGAAGAAGAAAAACGAAAGCAGCACUUUUGUUUGCAUCCCCUGCACCAUCUCUCUUUGACUGCCUACACCACUCUGGCUUCUGCGUAUAAAACCCGUGCCAGCGAUUUGUUGGCUGUUGAUCCUGAAGUAGAAAAACUUCAGCUGGAAGCUUUCACUGCAAGUAGAACCAGUGCAGCCUACUCCUUGUUACUUGCUGGUGCAACAAAUCAUCUGUUUCUAUUUGAAUCUUCUCUAGUUGCAUCCGCUGCGACUUUCUGGAUAUUAGCAGGUGAGUCCUUACUAAAUGUUGCUAGAAGCCCAGUAUGGAAAUUGUUUGCGAAAGGGGGGUCAACUGUUGCAGAAAUUCCAUCUUGUCCUAGUUAUAAAUGUUGUAACUGUACAUUGGUGGAUAAGUUCGGAACAAGCUUUGAUAUUGGUCAAGCUCGAGCUGUAAUGGUUGAGGACCUAUCUAGAGAGUUUCUUAGUUGUGUCACGAGAAUAACACCGAAAGUUUGGGCCUUUUUAAUUAACAAGGGCUGUUUUUUAAAACUAAUUUCAGAUCCCAUUGAUUUCAAAUGGAUUGGGCGUUUGAAGUCUGUCAGAACAUUGGGUAUUGAAUCUAAUUUAGCUAAUGCGGCUACAGAAAGCGCAGUUUCAACAGGUGAAUCAGGGAUAUGUGUAAACCAAGAAAACAUCUCUCUCUUCCAGCUUGGUGUCCAUUGCCUACGAUAUGGUGGUAUUUUAUCGACCAUUUGUUUCGGAAAACAUUCUUACUUGAAUGAUUACAUGCAGAACCUUUUAUAUGGUUAGAACAAAAAUGAUUUGUCCAUUUUGGCUAUCCAUAAGUUGAAACAUGCAAGUUUUUCGCACACUGACUGUGCUACGUGCGUGUAUUCGGAGGUGGAAGCUUUAAUUCUGGUGUGUUAUGCUUGUAUGGGUCCAUGUAUUGUCCUGAGACGCAGAUACUGGUACUGCUGUUGAAGCAGAAGUUGAAGAAUCAGCCAAGAUCAAUGAAAGAUAUGGUGAAUGAAUCUUUAGUUCUGGAAGAUUUGAUAAUGGAGUAUCGACUGGCUGCAGAUCUCUUGAUAGUGCACCAACUGGACUUGGGAGUUGGCGAUGCAACUUUGUUUCCCAAGUUUGUAUCGAAGUCACAAGAUGUGGCAAAAAGAGUCUCCAAUGGCUGCAGACUGGCAGCAGGCCGGGUUUGCAUUGCAUUAUCUAGUUUAUUCUGUCAUUUUUUAAAACCUAUUCCUCGGUGGCAUUUUGCAUGAAAAAUAAACUAGUAUCUUCAAUUUGUACAACA